AGCAAUUUUGGCGCGCUAGACUUUUUUUGAUGCACGCACAUUUGCAUGAUCAAAGAAUUUUUUCAGGAAGAAUUUUUGUAUUUUGCGAGGAUUUGUAGAAAAAUCUUCAUAUCAGACUCUGUUGAGCAGAUGUUGUGCUAGAAUGGCGAACAUUGCGGUCGAUAAAGAUGCAUUCUACCGGCGAAUGAAGAAAAUAUACGAUGAAUGGGAGAAUGAAACAGAGAAUAGCAAGCUGCACUCCUUGGAUGCUAUCGCUUCAGCGGUUGGUGUUGACGAGGAUAUAGUGUAUGCAAAGUCAACUGCUCUUCAGACAUGGCUGUUUGGCUACGAGCUUACCGAUACCAUCAUGGUGCUCUGCAAAGAACACAUCUACUUCCUAGCCAGCAAGAAGAAGGUGGAGUUCCUGCGUCAGGUUGCUUCCAACCGAGAGAAGGAGAACCAGAACGGGGUGCCCCAGAUCACUCUCCUGACCCGAGAGAAGGGAGAUUCCAACAAAGCAAAUUUUGAGAAGUUGGUAGCUGCUAUCAAAGGAAGCAAGGAGGGCAAGAAAAUUGGUACAUUCCAGAAGGACAAGUUCCCAGGUGACUUCAUGGAGGGAUGGAGGACAGCGCUAACCAACGGAGGCUUCCAACAGGUUGAUAUCAGCCCAGACUUUGCCCGUAUGAUGGCUGUGAAGGAGGAGAAAGAGAUCAAUAUGAUCAAGAAAGCUUGUCAGGUGACCUGUGAUGUAUUCACAAAGAAACUCAAAGAGGACAUCAUGGAGAUCGUUGAUGCUGACAAAAAAGUAAGACACAACAAGCUUGCUGAGAGUUUAGAACAGGCCCUGGAAGAGAAGAAAUACUUGGGUGGUGUGGAUCCGUCACAAGUCGAGAUGUGCUAUCCUCCCAUCAUUCAAAGUGGAGGCAUCUAUAAUCUCAAGUUUAGUGUGGUCAGCGAUGAGCACAAGAUGCACUUUGGCGCUAUCACAUGUUCCAUGGGUGUGAGGUACAAGUCCUACUGUUCCAACAUAGUUCGGACCAUCUUGGUGGAUCCUACAGACCAGCAGCAAAAGAUUUAUCAGCUUCUGUUAGAGGUAGAGGAAGCAGUACUUCAAGAACUCAAGCCAGGUGUGAAAGCCUGUGAUGUAUACAAUGCAGCAGUCAACCUAGUCAAAGAGAAGGAUUCUAAACUUGUAGGAAACCUGACAAAGAAUGCAGGGUUUUUGACAGGAAUUGAAUUUCGUGAAGGCACCAUGGUACUCAAUGCCAAGACAGAGGAAACGGUCAAGAAAGGAAUGAUAUUCAGUAUUAACGUCGGCUUCUCAAACCUGGAGAACUCGGCAGGGAAGGACUCGGCUAGUAAGAAGUACGCCCUCUUCAUUGGAGAUACUGUUAUGGUGAAUGAGGAAGGACCUGCCAAAUUACUGACACCGGUCAAGAAAAAAGUCAAGAAUAUUGGUAUAUUCCUCAAGGGUGAAGAUGAGCAAGAGGAGGAUAAAGAAGAACAAAAGAAGGAACAGGAACAGCUUCUUGGUAAAGGAAUGAGGAGAGCCGUCCUGGAGAGCAAACUGAGGACGGAGACAUCAUCAGAAGAGAAACGUAAACAGCGCCAGCGUGAGUUGGCCGAGGAGAUGAACAGAGAAGCAAGAAUGAGAUUAGCCCAGUCAAAGGAUACAAAGAGUGAAGUCAAGGUGCAGAAAUCUAGCGUUGCCUAUAAGAACCUCUCACAAAUGCCCCGGGAACCAGACAUCAGGAAGUUGCGGAUCUUUGUUGAUAAAAAAUAUGAAUCUGUCAUCCUGCCUGUCUUUGGUGUAGCCACACCCUUUCACAUAUCCUCAAUCAAGAACAUAAGUCAGAGUGUUGAAGGUAACUACACCUAUCUCCGUAUUAACUUCCAUCAUCCCGGCAGUGCCAUGGGAAGAAAUGAGGGUAAUGUCUUCAGCAACCCUGAGGCAACUUUCAUCAAAGAAUUAACAUACAGGAGUUCUAACACCAAGACUCCAGGUGAGUCAACCAUUCCAUCAGCAAACCUCAACCUUGCAUUCCGUCUCAUCAAAGAUGUACAAAAGAAAUUCAAGACAGAAGAGGCAGAAAAGAGGGAAAAGGAGGGUAUUGUGAAACAAGACAAACUUGUCAUCAAUCCCAACCGUGGUAACCCUAAACUGAAGGAUCUUUACAUCAGACCAAACAUUGUUCAGAAGAGAAUGCAAGGAUCGUUAGAAGCACAUGUCAAUGGCUUCAGGUAUACCUCAAUGCGUGGAGAUAAGGUUGAUAUCCUUUAUAACAACAUCAAACAUGCCAUCUUCCAGCCUUGUGAUGGAGAAAUGAUCAUUGUCCUUCAUUUUCACCUCAAGAAUGCUAUCCUGUUUUCAAACAAACGUCAUACCGACAUUCAAGUGUAUACUGAAGUUGGAGAAAUCACCACUGAUCUGCUCAAACAUCAUAAUAUCCACGACAGGGAUGACAUCGCCAGUGAACAGGCUGAAAGGGAGCUGAGGCACAAGCUCAAAUCUGCCUUCAAGAACUUCAUUGAGAAGGUGGAGAGUCAGACCAAAGGAGAUAUUGAGUUUGAGGUUCCAUUCCGAGACCUGGGAUUCCCAGCCGUGCCCCAUAGGAGUACUGUCCUUCUUCAACCAACCAGCAGUUGUAUCAUCAAUGUCACAGAAUGGCCACCUUUUGUGAUCUCCUUAGAUGAGGUUGAAUUGGUUCACUUUGAGAGAGUACAGUUCCACAUCAAGAACUUUGACAUGCUCUUCAUCUUCAAGGACUACUCCCGUAAGGUAGCUAUGGUCAAUGCCAUCCCCAUGAAUCUCCUGGAUCAGGUCAAGGAUUGGCUCAAUUCUUGCGAUAUCAAGUACACCGAGGGUGUCCAAUCUCUUAAUUGGCCUAAGAUCAUGAAGACCAUUGUGGACGACCCUGAAGGGUUCUUCGAAGGGGGUGGAUGGAGCUUCUUGGAGCCAGAAUCAGAGAAUGAGGAAGAUGACGAUGAUGAAGAAGAUGAUGGUGCCUUUGAGCCAUCUGGAUCAGAGUUUGAAGAGAGCGAGUCGGAAAGUGAAUACAGCGAAGGUUCCGAGGAGGAGUCAGAAAGUGACUAUUCAGAGGAGCUUGGGAGCAGCGAAGAGAGCGGAAAGGACUGGGAUGAGUUGGAAGAGGAGGCAGCAGCAGCCGAUCGACGGAAAGACCUGAACAUGGAAGACGAGACCACCAGUUCCAAGAAGGGUAGCAAGCGCGCCCCUCCACCACCGCCUCCCAAGAGGAAACGAUCGGGUGGUGGUAGGCCCUCGCCUGCCAAGAAAUCAAGACGUCGCUGAGAAUUUAAUCAAUGUCAACACAUAUCCACAUCAUCCGAGCCUGAGGGAAAAGUUAUGAAUACAAAGAGUAGUACAGUGAAACCUGUGUAUGGAUACCACCUAAGGGAAAGAAGACAUGUGGUCUUUGUGAGCAGGUGGCCUUUGUGGACAGGUUCCUAUAAUGCACGUUUCAGUGGGGGAACUGUUCAAGGGAAGCAAAAAUUUGUGUUCUUAAUAGACCUGGGGCCCGUUGCAGAAAGAGUUGUGAUCAAAUGUAACUAUAAAUAGCUUGCGCAACUUUAUUUUCAGCCAAUGAAGCACCUGUAUUCGGGACUUGCGCUUUGACCUGCGUUUAAACGCAACUCUUUCUGCAAUAGGCCCCAGGGCUCCGCCUCACGAAGAUUUGCGAUUGAUCCGAUCAACCACUGCUAUGGAAAGCCAGUAACGCCAACGGCUAGAAAGCAUGUGUGUACAAAUUUUUUCUAGGUAUGAUGUGUACUCUUGCAAUUGCCUUGAUAAUUCAAUGUGCUCCUCUGUUUACAAAUGACAUUUUGAAAAUUUACAUUUGGAAAUAUAACAAAGAUGGAUUUCAAUAUUUUCGAGGUUGAUUGGAUCAGAAACAACUCUUUGUGAACACCCCCAGGAUUGUGUAACACGAAGUUUAUCAAUCAAUCGUAGACCCGAUAUCUAUGAUUGAUUACAAUGAUCAUAGUUUACAAUAAAUCAUCCCCACAAUCAAUUGCUAAGCUGUAUGUUAAGGGGUCUGGGACAAUCUUUGGUUUGACAGAUCAAUACCAUUGUGUGCAUACUGCCUCAAGUUGAAUGUGAGUUGCCCAUUCCUCAUGAAAAAUAACCCCUUUUCACAGACUUCUAGAGAAAUCAUCUAUUGUUAUCAUUCACAAACAAGCAAAUAAUAAAGUUGGGUACACAGAAUUCUGUUCGGGGUAAAUUGUUUUGUUGAUGGAAUUUCUUUUAUUUUUUUCUGGAAAACAAUCCUUAGCCACACAAAUCUCAGACAUGGGAGACAAUCUUCCAUACUGGCGAGAAACUGAAUAAUAUUGGCCUCAGAAUUCUUCUUAUAUGGAGUUAUAUAAAAUUGUCCUAUCUAUACUCUAUUCUGAUUAUUGUCCAUGAAAGGUAAAAAAAAAUAAACAUGAAUUGCUCAUAAUUAUAAUUAAGGAUAUGACAAAUGAAUGUUGUCCUUGCCCGUUGUCAGGGCAAAGUUCUAUGCUGCAAUGGCAUGGAUUUAACUCCCGCUCAUACUUGGCUAUGAUUUGACAAUACUGUUUAUAUUGUUGAUGUUAGAUCGGACAAAAGUAAAUUUUUUCCAAAAAAAUCCCAGUCAACUAAAAUAUUCAUUUGGUCUGGUGGCUAAAAUGGCAGCAGGGCAUAGUAAUGAAUUUGGCCAAAACUUAAUUUAUCAUGGUUGGAUCCUCAUAAAAAUAAAAUGCUCCAGUGUGGCAGACAUUUUGACUGUGUCAUCACAAAUUUGUGGGUUUUUUUUAUACCUCCGAUAUCAUGCUCUUGUAUAUAAUUUGAAUAUAUUCAAUGACCAUGAUUGCUAGCUCUGAUUUCUACUCAUUCUAAAGAAAAAAUAAAUUGAUCUUAUAUAAACAGAGGUCUCUUUAUCAAUAUUUACAAUGGAUGGAGUUAUUUAUGCAGAUUAUUCUUGAACGAAAAAAAAAUGAGAGAGACCUUGAGCUGUACAUAUUGUAGAAUGCUGACAAUUUUGUAUGAAGAAAUGGUUUUUCAUGUAUACAACAAUUUGUAAUAUACGUGUUUGUCAAAACAACCAUGAGUUCAAUGUAUAGUUAAAAUCAUUGUAUUGGUAAAUGUGUUGUGAAGUUCCUUUAUUUUCAUGUACAUGGUGCGUGAAAUAUGUCCAAAUAAAUGUAGAAUUUGGGAAUAAA